AUGGACAUCAAUGAUCGAGAGACAGCAUGGGCGGAUGCUUUGGAAAUUAUUCGAGAUGAAGGUGCAGAUCAGAAUUCACAAAGAAAUGGUAAUUGAAACUUUCUUAAUUGCUGUUCUUUUAUCACUUUAGACUGCCAGCAGCUUAUAUUUGGCUUUUCAGACACACAUAUCACUUACUCACGGCCGUAUCUUCAAGAAUCGGUAAAUCAUUGUGCACCUAACAUGACGAGCAGUUUUGCUCACGGGCCCUUCUCUGGGUUUGGCCACAGCUUCUAUGACCAGCUUUAUCCAAGUGUCAGCUCACCUCCUCAACUUAUUCCUAACCCUCCGAGUACCGUUUCCCACGCCAAUCAGCGAAAUCACCCACCUGCAUCCAUGUUUGGCGAGAUGAAUCCAAUUGAGAAGAAAUGGAUCGAAUUCCGAAACAGUGUGGUUUUAAAUGUCCCACUGGAUGAACGCUUGGAUUUUCUAGAUGGUCUUGACACAUUGUUGAAGGCAGGGAGACUCAAGAAAUUGCAAAAAACGUAAGAUUUUGACAUUAUUCUUGGGUGAUUUAUGAGAUUAGGUGAUAAACUGGGCGGUAUGAGUUAAAUUUUAUUGCGGAUGGGAUUAUUGGUGUCUUAUGGAGAUAUGGAAGUCAGUAAAUAGAAAGGGAAAUCCCGAGGCACUUAGAAAUUUACCUUAUACCUCAUUGUAGGUGUAAUAUCUUCUUUUAGGUUUCUGAAAAGGAAAUUUCGGCCAGCAGACAUGACUGGGUCUUCUCGAAAGCGACCUUUGGAAGACGACCGACCAUUGGAUUUGUCUUCUCAACCGAAGCGCAAUAAUCAGGUGAGUCUUACACCAUUUUAGGUAAUAUUUCAACGUAAUAUUAUCGAUUUAAUCUGAUAUAAAAGUUAAAAUAUACUUGCAGGUGACUCCGCACUUUCCGACUUUGGAUUUUCAAGUUUUGAGCACCAGUUCUUACAAUUAUCAAACACUUCCAAACGCGAUUCCUCAACUAAACUCUCCCCAUAACUUUCGACGAGAUGUAAUUCAACGUUCAACCCCCAUUCCUCAACAAAUGAUGCAGUUAAAGCCGGUUACAGAAGUCGCUCAGGUCAAAACCGUGUUAAGUGAUAUUUAUUCUGCCAUAUUUUAG